AAGCCCCCCGGAGAACCCGGAUGAAGCCCGGCACGGCUGGAGCGGCUGGAGCCGGGGACGCCGCGGGCGCUGCUGUCUCACCGCGCCCCGCAGGGUCCUGCUCGGGGGUCGGACACGAGGAACCGCCGCCUUGACUGGUUCCAGCGCCCGGAGGCUGGGCCCCAGCCUGAGCGGAGAGCGAAGUGGAGCCUGAAACGGGCGCCUAAAAGAAGCCCGAGCAUCCCUUGGGCCUGCUCCUCUGGCUCGGAGACGUCGGGUGGAGACCGAGCAGAGUCUUCUUCCCGCGCCGCCGGCGUCCUUAGCUCGCCCGGGCCGCCUCCUAAACGCUCCGUCUUUAUAAUACACCAACAGGUCCUACCAGUUACGAGCUGGUGUUGUUUACAUGCAUUCUCAUAAUUAAACUUCCCAACAGUCCUAUAAGCAAAAAAUCUGCGACACCUCUGGAAUACUACGUGAGAAUUUUGGGGUGCCAUGUCGAAGAAACGCAAAUGGGAUGAUGACUAUGUUCGUUACUGGUUCACCUGUACAACGGAGGUUGAUGGAACUCAGCGCCCACAGUGUGUAUUGUGUAACUCCGUAUUUUCAAACGCUGACCUCCGACCAUCAAAACUGUCUGACCAUUUUAACAGACAGCAUGGUGGUAUAGGUGGGCACGAUCUCAAUAGCCUGAAACAUGUGCCAACACCAUCUGAUCAGAGUGAAACCCUGAAAGCUUUUGGAGUUGCAUCUCAGGAGGAUACCUUACUACAGGCAUCGUAUCAGUUUGCGUAUUUAUGUGCCAAGGAGAAGAAUCCUCAUACAAUAGCUGAAAAAUUAGUGAAACCUUGUGCACUGGAAAUAGCACAAAUAGUUUUGGGACCAGAUGCACAAAAGAAGCUUCAGCAGGUAUCCUUAUCAGAUGAUGUGAUCCAUUCUAGAAUUGAUGAAAUGAGCCAGGAUAUCUUACAGCAAGUUCUAGAAGAUAUCAAAGCCAGUCCUCUUAAAGUGGGUAUUCAGCUUGCUGAGACAACAGACAUGGAUGACUGCAGUCAGCUAAUGGCAUUUGUGCGAUACAUAAAGGAAAGAGAGAUCGUAGAAGAAUUCCUGUUCUGUGAACCAUUGCAGUUAACAGUGAAAGGAAAAGAUGUGUUCAAUCUGUUCAGAGACUUCUUUUUGAAGCAUAAGAUAGCACUCGAUGUAUGUGGCUCUGUUUGUACUGACGGUGCCUCUUCUAUCCUAGGAGAAAAUUCAGAAUUUGUUUCCUGUAUGAAAAAAGAGGUACCUCAUAUCGUGAUCACACAUUGUUUGUUGAACCCUCAUGAACUUGUCACAAAGACAUUGCCUACAAAACUGAGGGAUGCUCUUUUUACUGUGGUGAGGGUAAUAAAUUUUAUCAAAGGGCGAGCUCCAAAUCAUCGCCUGUUUCAGGCUUUUUUUGAAGAAAUUGGAAUAGAGUAUAGUGUUCUCCUUUUCCAUACUGAAAUGAGGUGGCUUUCCCGAGGCCAAAUACUUACUCAUAUUUUUGAAAUGUAUGAAGAAAUAAAUCAGUUUCUUCACCACCAAAGCAGCAAUUUAGUUGAUGGCUUUGAAAACAAAGAGUUUAAAAUUCACCUAGCAUACCUUGCAGAUUUAUUCAAACACCUAAAUGAACUUAGUGCAUCUAUGCAAAGGACUGGAAUGAACACAGUGUCAGCUAGAGAGAAGUUGUCUGCUUUUGUUAGGAAGUUUCCAUUUUGGCUAAAGCGAAUUGAGAAAAGAAAUUUUACCAACUUUCCUUUUCUUGAAGAAAUCGUUGUUUCAGAUAAUGAAGCAUUAUGCAUUGCAGCUGAAAUAACAGUGCACCUGCAACAGAUGAGCAACUUCUUCCACGGAUAUUUCUCUGUUGGAGAUCUUGAUGAGGCAAGUAAAUGGAUACUGGAUCCAUUUCUUUUUAAUUUGGACUUUGUCGAUGAUGGCUAUUUAAUGAAAAAUGAUCUUGCUGAAUUACGAGCUAGUGGCCAAAUCCUAAUGGAAUUUGAGACAAUGAAGCUUGAGGAUUUCUGGUGUGCUCAAUUCACAGUGUUUCCAAGCCUAGCAAAGACAGCUCUAAAAAUCCUUAUACCGUUUGCAACUACAUAUCUUUGUGAGUUGGGAUUUUCAUCACUUUUGCAUUUUAAAACAAAGUCCAGAGGCUACUUGAAUAUGAGUGAUGACAUCCGUGUGGCUAUUUCAAAAAAAGUUCCUCGUUUCUCAGACAUCAUUGAACAAAAACUACAGCUACAGAAGUCACUGUAA